AUGGACAUUCCAGAUUCCGUCAUGAAUGAAAGGCUCAUUCGCCGACUGUGGCAUCUGACAAACGUCAUUAUCUCCGUGUCACUGCAAAAGGCUAUUGACGUGGCAGUCGAGACUGUGUCAUCUUCUGUUGCUGAAUUUGAUCAAAUCGCCGACAAGGUGCUCGAUAUGCACACUGGCGAUGAGAAGUUGGCAGCUAACCUAAAUAACUUCAUCGAUGGUUGCAAGUUUGCCUGUACAGCUAAUCUUAACUGGGGGUAA